CUGCUUUUUUUUGGCAAAAGCCGCGCCUCUGACUUUUAUUGCCCUAUUUAUAGUCUGCGUUGUAGUCAUCUAAAAGAUAAACACAUUUUGCACAAAGCAAAGCUCCUACAAACAGGACGUCCCACUCGGAUGAUAUUUAAUCCACGUCAGCGAUGUGACAGGUGGAGGUUCUUCUUCUGAGUACUGUACGCGGUGUUUAAAGUAACGCACAAGGUACUUGAUGUUGUUUAAAGAGUCACAUCCUUCCGGCCAGCACAUCAAGAUUGAUGAGCAGCGUGUUUAGAUUUCCCAGAAUUCCUCACUCUGGAUUGUCUCCUGCUGACAUUGACCUCCGAGGUCACUCCUCGGUCAUGUGCUUUUUGACAUGGCCACAAUAAGUUGCGCUGUUCUACAUUUAACCACUGGGGGCGCUAUUGGGGUCUAACGGGUACAGUACUGUAUACUGCAUUACUGUAUACUGUACGAGUAUAUAAGUCUAUUGAGAGUACGGUAGAUAUAAUUCAACAUAAAGCAAAGAUAAGAACUAUGAAAAUUCAUAAUAAUGUGACUCACAUUCUACAGUUUUCCUAUGUUGUUUCCGUCAUUUGCCAUGAUGAUGAAGGUACCGAAUGGAUCUGCCGCUCCAUUUGGCCUCUGACACCCCCGUGACCUCUGACCCUGCUAACUGCAGCGGGUGGGGGGCGCCCUACCUGCACAAGGUAGCUCACCUGGACAUGCAGCUGUACCGCGACUUCUACGCCGUGUGGGUCUCCCUCAUGGCGUGCAACAGCGUGAUGCUCGUGCUGGGCGUGCUCCUCAACAGCCUGGCCCUGUACGUCUUCUGCGGCCGCCCCCGCUCGCAGUCGGCGUCGGUGGUCUACACGGUGAAUUUAGCCGUGGCCGACCUGCUGGUGGCGCUGUCGCUGCCCGCUCGCAUCGCCCUGUACCACAGCGGCGGACGGUGCGAGGCCUGCGCUUACGUGCACGCCUUCAGCUACUUUGUCAACAUGUACUGCAGCAUCCUCCUCCUCACCAGCAUCUGCAUCGACCGCUACCUGGCUGUGGUGCACGCCUCCAGCACGCGCCAUCCGUGGCGGAGCGCAGGUGCGGCCAGGUGCGUCAGUGUGGUCGUCUGGACUCUGGCGGUGGUGGUCACCUACUCUUUCCAGACCAUUGCACUAGAGCUGAACACCUCCUGCGCCCUCCUUCCUGCCCUCUUGUACCUCACCAUCCUGGAGUUCCUCCUCCCGCUGCUGGCCGUGGUGGGCUUCACCCUGCGUGUGGCCUGCUUCCUCUCAUCCGGCGGGGGUUUGAUGGCCCACCAGCACAGACGAGGGAGAAGGGCGCGCGCCGUCAGGCUGCUCACCGCCGUCCUCCUCAUCUUCACCGUCUGCUUCACGCCCUUCCACGUCCGCCAGGUGCUGGUGUACUCCGGCGUCCACACGGGAGCGGGGGGUCGCCCCGGCACGGGUGACGUGCUGGCUUACCACGUCACCGUGACGCUGAGCAGCCUGAACAGCUGCCUGGAUCCGGUGGUUUACUGCCUGGUGACGGACAGCUUCAAGAGGGUGUGGAGAACCCGCAGGAGAGGAGGGGAGGCGGGGCUCAACAAGAGCACCGGCGCUGCGUUGGCGAUAGCUCACAGGGUGGCCACGCUCACGCUGACCACAGCGCCCACGUCUGCCGCCGUCGUGGAGCAGAAACAUGGACACCAGUGAGGGAAGGAGAAGAUCAUCCCGAUCAAACACUUCCGAGCAGGGGCACCGCACUGGGGGAUUCAUUUGAAGACGUCCAAGUCGUGUCUUUUGGUGAAAGCCAGUGGUUUCGUGUGAUUUCUGAGUUGAUUUCAAAUGUAUGAAGGUUUCAUAGUUGGUCAUAAAUACGUUAAAAAUGUACAGUAAAAAUGGUUAAAAAGCUUUUUAAAGCCAAAACAUUAAAAGUGGGACAACUUCAAAAAGAAUUGUUUCAGUGACAGCAAGAGUGAGUGCUCCUCUCGCUAUUAGACAAUCUUUCACGUGUUUCCUCUCUCAGUGAAGCAAAUAUCCACCGGGGUCACCAACCUUUGGGGAACUGAGAGUUAC